AAUGUAUUGUAAAAUGUUGACAUGUUGUGUUCUUAUUACAUUAAUUUAAUAUUAUUCCAAUAAUAACUUAAAAUUAAAUAUUCUUUUAAAGUUAUGUGUUUUUGAGUUUAUAAUUUCGAUGAAACAGGAAUAACUGAACAGAAUAAUAUAUUUCACAUUCAAGGAUCAUACAAAAUCGAGAAAACAUGAUUGAUCGUGGGCGUCAAAGAAACUAUUUCGGAUGUUCUUAUAUUUAUGGAAUGUUUAUUAUAAUAGUAUUUAUAUCAUUAUCACAUGCGAAUCCAUUGAAAUCGGAGAAUAAUUCAACGGUUUGCUCAGAAUUCUUAUCAUGCCUGAAAUGUGCGAAACAUGCGUCUUGCAGUUGGUCGUUAGAUAUUCAGACAUGUAUAAUGACAGCUUCGAAUUUAGGAAAUCUAACAGUGAACAUUGAAGGACACUGUCCUCAGUUCUCCAUAGUAAAGAAUUCCGUGCUAAGGGAUGAGUUAUUCUCGUACACGGUGGCGGUGACGAACGACAAGAACAAUUUCGUAAAAUAUCUACAAGGGCGUAAAAUCACGUGCAACUUUGAAGAAGAGAAACUCACGGGAUAUAUAUUGAACGACGAGAUCAAAUGUAACACGAAAAAACUAACGGCACAGAGGGACAAGCGAUUUAAAGCGUUGAUGGUUUACCAUUAUCACAUCACGAUCGACGACGACAUAAUACUAAGAUUCAACAACGAUUCCGACAAUUAUUUUGUGUAUUACGAUCACGAGUGCAAUGAGACAUGGAGAGACGAGGAGUGCGUGACGUGCACGUGGAGCGGGUACGGGUACAAGAACUACUUCAAACGAUGUUCGACGAAAAACCGGUGCGUGGGCCAGUACGAGUAUUACGGCAAGUGGAACGUGAAAAACUACACCGUGGUGGCGACCGGCGACGUUGACAGAGACGGUGGCGUGCGUCUGGAGUGUCCGGAAGCCGAGAUCCGGUCCGUGGACCCGAUAACGGCACCGUGGCUGGGCGGCACGACGGUGCGGUUCACGGUCGUCAACCACCACAUCCUGGCCGAGGGCAAGGAAGUGGCGGUGACGGUGGCUGGGCGCGAGUGCUCGGAACCCAAAACGAAGAGGAUGACUGCCGAUGAAGACGUGACGGCCAUUUCCUGCACCAUGAUGCCGGCAGCCCACACGGACCGCCGCCGCAACCACGAGGGCCCGAUUCGGUUGCUGUACACCGGUGACCCGCCAAAGGUGUCCAUCACGUCAGCGCUCGUCAUCGGACUGGUGGAUCCGGUGAUCACRGACAUGAGUCCGAGGUGCGGGCCCGCAGCCGGCGGCACCAUGUUGCGCAUCGGCGGCCGGUUCCUGGAUGCAGGCACCACAUUGCGGGUAUCGGUGGGUGACUACGCGAUGUGUAACCCGGUGGCCAUAUACUCGGACCUAAUACUGUGCCGGACCGACCCGGCCUCGGUCGACGGUCCCACGGCGGCCAGGGUCAACGUGGUAUUCGAUGGCCAGCUGAGCAAGUACGUCGGCGACGGGUCAGUGGUGUUCACGUACGCGGCUGUGCCCGCGCUGGAUCCCGGCCAGUCACUGCAGGGCAUCGCGUCAGGUGGCACAGCGGUUCAGCUGCGCGGCCGACACUUCUCGUGCCUACGGUAUGCAAUGUUCUACGUCCGACAUGGCGAGAGGGUCCACUACUCCAGUUGUAGGUUGCUCAACGAUACGCUGGCUGUGUGCAGAGCACCCAAGCUCGAGUACGGACGCGGCAGUGCAGUCACGUCGUUGAAGUACGGACUGCGCGUGCAGGACCCCGAGUAUCACGAGAUGGACCUGCUGCCGCCGCGAGACCCACACGGUUACAGCCUGCACGCCGAUCCGGUGUUCGUGGACUUCGUGACAGACGGCCGUACCGUCACGAUCAACGGCCACGAUCUAGACCGCGGCUACCGGGCGCAAGACGACCUGACGGUCCGGUUCCGCGGUUCCGGGAGCGUAUGCGACGUGACGUCCACGGACCACCGACGGAUCGUGUGCGCGCCCUCCACCAACGCGUCCGUGGUCGACUUGGACACGGUGACCAGCGUGAUCGUCACCAUCGGCGACACGUUCGCGUGUGUGGUGAAGCGCAAGGCGGACGGCCGGAGUCGCGGCCUAGGCGGGGGCCCAUCGGACAGCGUGGUCAACUGCGUCAAGAUCGUCUGUCUGAUCGCCAUUGCCGUGGCGUGCAUUGCCGUGUACCGUACUAAGACCACCAGACACCGGGUCGGCGCCACGACGUCGGCCGCGUGCACCAACCCCACCACUGCGGUUGGAUAUCGCAACAAGUGAUCGUGUCCGAAGGGAAGACGACCGAAUAUCGACGCGACGCUUCCGCAGUACGCGAUUAAUACAAUAGUUUUAUUAAUUUUUAAGUGCAUGUAUUAUAUACGAUUAAUCACGUGAUCGCCAUUAACGCGAUACACACUAGUGACUAAACAUUUACAAAAUACCAUCUUUCGCGUGCGUGCAUUAUUGUUAGUAGAUUGGUUUCGGAUGUCCGGUCCCUUUAUUAUAUUAUUGUCAACUGUAACUGUUCUAUAAUGUGUUGGUCAUGAUAAUAAAUUGUUUGAUUAAUUUAA